AUGGCUCUUCUCACAGGAAGAGAAAGAAGCGAGAAAGAGUGGGAAAAGCUUUUCUUGGAGGCUGGCUUCAGUCACUAUAAGAUAACUCCCUUGCUUGGUUUAAGGUCAUUAAUUGUGGACACGAAAAACAAAAGAGAACGGAAGAGGAAAAUCAAAAGAAAUAAACUAAACAUGAGUUUUGAAAAACAGAAUCUGGACAUGGUGUUGGUCCCAAGUGGAUUGCUCAUCAUGUUGGCUUACCAUCUCUUCCUCCUCCACAGAUGCCUCAACCGCCCGCACACCACCGUCAUUGGCUUCGAAAACAACGACAAGAAAGCUUGGGUCGACAGAAUUAUGCAGAUGGACAAAAAGGACGUCGGAAUAGCUCAAACGGUGAUAAACGCAAACACAUCGGCGGCGAUUUCCUUCUGCUCGGUCUCGUUGAGUUUGAGCUCUCUCAUCGGAGCAUGGCUCGGGAGCUCUUCAACGAGCGUUUUCCAGAGCAAAUUAAUCUACGGAGACACGAGACCUCUGACCAUCUCCAUCAAAUACGUUUGUCUCUUGUCUUGUUUCCUUCUCUCUUUCUUCUUCUUCGUUCAAUCUACUCGGCAUUUCGUGCACGCCAAUUAUCUGAUAAGCACGCCCUUGAGUGACAUUCCUGUUGAGAACGUUGAGACUGCUGUUAUAAGGGGAAGCAAUUUCUGGUCUGUUGGACUUAGAGCUCUUUAUUUUGCUCUCAAUUUGUUGCUCUGGUUCUUUGGUCCCAUUCCCAUGUUCGUUUCUUCUUUGAUCAUGGUAGCGGUUCUACAUUACUUGGAUUCCAAUUCCAAGCCUCUACAUAAGCACCAAUAUCCCUCUGCGAAUAAUAAUAACAAUAAUAUUAGUAAUAGUAAUUAUAAUCAAGGGCUCAAAAGGGUCGGUGAGCGAAGAUCUGAGGUGGCUUUGACGGCUCACAUUCAUGGAAGGAAAUUAUCUCAGGUUGGUGAAUGAAAAGUAUGCAAAUUGUCCAGAGUUGCAUUUUUUUUUUAGUGCAAGAAAUUAUUAUAUAGAACGAAUAUGUAAAAGUGUAUCAUAAUAGAAAAGUUUCAAAAGAUCAA